CAUCUACACAAACUCUUGACGCCUCUGCGACGAUUGCGAAGGUGACGACGACGACGGUGUUUCGUUGAAAAGAAGGAGAAGGAGUAUGGAUGGGCAAUUCCGGCCUCCGGCAGGAAGGCCGUACCCGGGCGCGCAGCCGCAGCAGUCGCCAGGCUAUCCUUAUGCGUCGCCUGGGGCCCCGUUUCCCUGGUCAACACCAGGAGGAGGUGGGGGAGGGGGACCACGGCCACCGCCCUCGACAGCCGCAAGUACACCCUACACGCCUGCAUCGUCCUUUGCGCAGACGACGCGUGGCCAGAACAGAGCCUCGCCUCAGACGCCCUCUCAGGACCAACCAGUGCUGCCCCAUCUUCACCCGGCCUACAGUGGUCGAGGGAGGCCGCCCCUUGCCCUAGGAAGGAGGCCUCCCGGUGUGGCUGCCAUCCCCAGACGGCAGGUACUGGCUCAGCAGGCGCUCGCUUCGGGAGGUUCAUCCCCGGAUCCUAAGGCGUCCGCUCGUCUCUACCCAAGUAGCUACCAAAAGACGCGGCAACAGCAGGCGACGCAGCAGCAGAGACAGCAGCUACUCCAGCUGCAGCACCAGCAGCAGAAGCGGCAACACUUGGUGCGGGAACAAAGGCCUAAAAAGGUCCUCGAUGGGCGAGAAGAUCUCUAUCUCGACACUCUCGGACCGACAAACCGCCUGCUUCUCUCCUUGAAGAGCGGACUUCCGUCGCAUGUAACUUGGGCGUUGACUAGGCUGAUCAACGCCUCCUACAACCACCUCGAUCACCUUUUCCUCGAUGCUCUGCCUGGCCUCGUUGACGCUCUGCUGUCCUUCCCCCGCAAGCUCGUCUCUGCCGUUCGAGGCGAGGAGCCAGAAAGGUGGGAGCCGAGCUACUGGGAGCAAGAGGAGCGCGACUGGGACGGCAUGGGAAGGGCAGCAUGGGAGGAUGAAUACGAUGGCGAAGAGGACGAUGAAGAGGAGGAAGGUCAGACACCUCGGACGAAGGCGCUGCCUGCAGCGCGUUUCUCGCCCUCGUCAAUCCAAUCGCACGCUCGCCUGCUCCAAAAUGCCAUCUCGGCCAUGCUCAUUCUACGCAAUACAGCACUGCUGGAAAAGAAUGAGCGUACAAUCGUCCACCACGGCCGAGCCAUCAAUUCCCUGGUCUGCGACCUUCUGUCUCUUCCCAAUGUCUUUCCGAGGGAUCAAGGCAUAGACUCUGCAUUCAAGGAGAUCGAGGGAAUCGAUGAGCUGCGAGUAUAUGCGCUCGACCUCCUCGAGACGACGCGGCACAAGCUUCAUAUACGCAAGCGUGCUACAAUCGCCUUUGAUGUGCACGGGAUCCCGACUUCGGCGCCAGACUAUGCAGAAGCAGGCAAGCUGGCCAGCAACGAUCUCGAGGCGGCUGGCGACGCAGGCGCCAGUGUCGAGGACCGCGCAAAAGCUGCACGGAGGGCUGGGGCUGGCGUUGCAGACUCCAUUUUGAAUCUGCUCGUGUACCAUCUUCACGCCACCAACGACCGCUCCAUCUUGAUGGGCGCGCUACGUUGCCUCAGCGCUUUGGCGAGCGAAGAGAGGCACGAGUCCUUCUUCGUCGAAGUCGAUGUCCCCACGGCCGACGGCAGCAGCUCAAUUUCCUCGCCCGGUAUCCUUCGCAAAUGUCUGACAUUGCUACCUCUCACAUCCGACUCUCCUCUACUGGAGGCAGCUCUCGAUUGCCUCUAUCAGAUCGUCAACAUUGGCAAUAACGUCCUUCGCAUCGGAGUAUCUCGCUACACCGACGACGUUGAGGACGCGUCCGCCAAUUCUGCUGCCGUCGUAGGUGCGCCCAAGCCCUUGGGUGUCGGCACAGGACGGAGAGAACGCAUUCUCUCCCAAGGCGAUGCGUCUUCUUCCUCCUCCUCACCCGAUCUCGGCAGCUCCCAGGCUCAUGGCAGCAGACUCAAUGCCGGUGCCGGCGACGCCAGGGGCGUGAUUCGGCUCCUGGCCCGAAAUCUCAUCUACAAUCGCGUCGUAUGGGACCGCACGCACCAGCUCUCGCUGCACCCUUUACUCCACAGCGGAAUCCCAGGUGCUGUCGGAGCACGGCGCCGCGAGAAAGAGGAGCUUCAGAAGCGGAGGAUUGGCGGCGACCUCGAGAGAGCAAAGCUCCGCAGGCUACAACGCAACGAGUGGGACGAAGUCAAGGACAUGGCUGAGCCUGACCGGUUGCGCGCCUGGAUGAAGCUCAUCUAUGAAGCCAAGGACGGCGGCGAAGUCACUCAAAUGGACUUCUGGUCCACUUAUCGAGACCAGUUUGCACCGUAUUCAGAGCUUGGCGGGCCUCCUCUCCAGCCGGCGGCCGAGGUCAUCCGGACCGUGUCGGCCGUCUUCCCAGGCGCUGUUGCUAUGGUCGUUCCUCCGUCGCGCUUCAUCAUAAAGGGUGUCGAGACCAAGGACCGCUCUCACCUUCGCAAGCAUGAAUGCAGAUGGCACGGCUGCCUUGCACCGGAUGUCGAAUCAAGAUCGUUGCUGAUCUCGCACAUCAAGGCUCACUGUAUAAUUGCCCCAUCAGGAAAGUGUAACUGGUGGCAUUGCACCUACAGCUUGCCCAAGGACGUGCCGGAAGAGAAGGCGGGCGACUUUCUCUUUCGACAUGCGCUCACACACCUGCCAGAGGACGACGAGGUGGUCAAGAAGAAGGAAGCCGAGGUACAGGCCAAGGCCAGAGAGGAGGCAGCAAAGGUCUUUCAGGACGAGUCAAAGCGAGUACUGCUCCAUCCUGUCGCAUUGGAUUCACAACAAGGAGGAGGAGGGAAAGCCAGGAUUCUCGCUGGACCAGAGGGUCUCAAGAAGCGCCUUCGUAACGAUCUACCAGAGCUCGAGAGCAGCAUCAAGAAGCGUGCGGCCAUCUUGCCCCGUGGCACCGUCGAUUCACCGGACAUCCUCGUCUUUUCAGUCACACGGACCCCAAUGGACCCCGAGACGGGCAAGCCGACGGGCAUUUCAAACACGUCGUGUCUCAUUCUGAGGAGCCUGGCGCGCACGACGGCCACUAUCAUUCACCGUGCAGGCCUGCGCGAAAGGAGAGUGGAGCCUGAUGCUGGUAGCGGUGGUGUACGGCGAUUCCAUCCUGAUGAGAGAUUUGGUCUACCUCUGCCAUCGGACGGUGGUUUCGCUGUCGCGGGCGUUGCGGAUGUAGAAGUGGAUGGUGUGGGAAGUGGUGGUGGUGGAGGAGGAGGAGGAGGAGGAGGAGCGGGCGACAAUGGCGGCAUUGGCCCCGCUGAAGGAUGGAUGCUCACGGCUGCAUCGAGGCUGAUGGAUGCCUUGAUUGACGUGGAAGACGAGAUGAUGGCUGUCUCGAGCGAAAACGACAUUCUCUGUCCCAUCAUCAACGACAUACUGGCAGAGAUAAAGAGGAACCCUGUCGAAAGCAUCGUGACGGAGUGGGCCCCUGAUGAGGAGGGGCACGAAGAGGGGAAAGGAUAUGAAGCUUCGCCAUUGCCUUAGUUGACAAUGUAAAAGAACCGUUAUCAAUGAAAGAGAAUAGUGAUAGAUGCGAUCAUU